AUGCCUGCACCGACCCAAGAUCCAGCCCACACCAUGCCUGCACCGAACCUAGACCCCUCUGAAAACCCCCCUCCUGCUUCCCUCCGCAUGCCCGUCAACAUCUUUUUCCGAGGCGAGUUUGGGUACGAGUUGAUCGCCGCCCUCCCAUUCGCCUACUGGCACUAUUUAAACGGCUCCUUAAACUCUACUAGGUUCUGUGCGAUGCCGUCGCUCGCGCUGCUCUACUAUUUCAGCCCGAUCCAGACCGUCGGAUGGAAGUGCAAGCGGUCCGCACACUUCAAUUUUGUGAUCAAGCGGUAUGGGUUUAAGGAGGGUUUGCAUGAUAGUGAGAUUCCGGAUACGUGGACGGCUCCUCCUCUCGCCUCCCACAUUCGGGAGCUUGGGCCGGUUUGGACUGAUGUUCCUGCUGGUGCUCCUUUGGUGGUUAUCAGUAACAAGUUUGAGACUGAGUGGGGUGAGCCGCCGGUUAAUUUUAUCGACAUUCCGACGCUGAAGCGGAUCAUUACUGAGUUUCUCAAUAGCGGGUAUUAUGUGGUGUAUAACCGAGCGGGGAAGGCGUUUAGGACGGAUCGGGAGCAGCGGGAUUUGACUGGUUUAGGCGAGUAUGGAAUCGACGGGCGGUCGAGGCAGUUUGGCUUUGUGGGGCUGCGAUCGGAGGAGGAGGCAGCAGCGGCGAUAGCCUACUUCAAUCGCUCCUUCAUGGACACCUUUCGCCUCACCUGCGAGUUCGCCAUGCCCAUUGGUCACACGGCGUUGCCCCGCGCAUGGAGCAAGCACACGCAGGCCAAGGAGACCAAGGGCGACGGAGGGACAGGCGGAAAGGGAGCGGCAGCAGAAGGAGGGGGGAAGCAAGGAGGUGUGGAGGAAGCGGCGGACGGAGGGAAAGGUGGGGAGCGUGGGGAGAGUGAGAGAGGAAAGAAAAAGACAGGGAAGGUGGUGGGAGGGGUGGCUGUGAAGCAAGCAGCGCAGGAGGAUGAAGGGUUCAGAGAGUUUCUAGAGGUGAUGGAGCGAGGCGGGAAGAAGAAGGUUUGGGCGAAUGAUACUGCGGAUGGGGAUGGGGGGGGAGGAGGGGGUGUGGGGAAGGGGAGGGGCGGUGGGAGUGUGAGUGGAGGUGUGGUGGAGGUGGGAAGGGGAGGGAGGAAGAGUGGGGAGGAGGCGGGAGGGGAAGAGAGUGAUGAUGAGUUGUAUGGGGAUGUGAUUGUAGAGGGGGAUGGGAGUGAGGAGGAGGGGGAAGAGAGGGGGGACGGAGAUGGGGAGGAGGGGAGUGAGGGGGAGGAGGGAGAGGAGGGGGAGGAAGGGGAGGAAAGGGAGGAGGAGGUUUUGAGAGGGGCGUAUGGAGGGGCGUACUCACCGCACAUGCGCAUACCCACGGUUCUCCUUUCGUAUCGCCAAAGGAGGGAGGAUGACCUCCGUACCCUGCUCGCCCCCUAUGGAACGCUAGCAGAAGUCCAUUUGGUGGUGGACCACCACACCAAGCUCAUCUUUUGUUCACUUUCAACCCCUCCCCUCUCCUCACAGGGAGGAUGA